GCCUCAUUCUCCUCUCGAAGACUUCGUGUUGAAAGAGCGACCAGUGCUCUUUCUCUCUCUCCCUCUCAACAAAACACGAACGAUUCUUCGUCCUCUCUGUUCUUGUUGCCAAACUCCAGAUUCUCACAGUGCCACCACAAUCUCCAACAUUGCAGAGUUGAGUUGAGACAUCUCAUAAACUAACUCAGGUUAUCAAAUCUAUCAUAUCUCCUUUGGUUUCAUCUCAUGCCGUGUUUGGCAAUUCAUGUUUACGCGUUUGCUUUCCUCUUUCUGGGUCUUCUUGUGUCGCAACUCGCAACGCUACUGCUUUAUGCCUAUAAAUCGAGACACUUUACAAUCCGGAGAUGAUGAAUCCUCCUUUUAACAUCAAAGUUUCACUACGUUGAGCAUGGUUCUUCUGAUGGAUGGGGAGAACAAUAUUAUGGAAGAAACAGCUGUUAUGGAAGAUUCCUAUGAUGAUGGAUUUUCCUGUGGAGAUCCACGAGUUGAGCCUCGUGUUGGAGAUGAAUUUCAGGUUGAGAUUCCUCCUAUGAUGUCGGCAUCCAAGCGUGCUGUGUUUCUUUCAACUCCUGUUGCUUUGGAUGACUCUUCAUACUCCUUUCUCGUCGGACUACCUGUCCAAAUAAUGUGGAUAGACAAACAAAGACGAGGACAAGGAAAUGGAGAUGAUAAUGUUGACAUGAACCAAUCUUUGAAAUCUUUAAGAGCCAAAAAAAGCCGUUCCUCUGCGAAGAACAGAGGCAAGAGUGACAAGAAUCUAGAAUCCAAGAAGCAAAGAUUGGAUCUGGAGGCUGUUCCCGCGAUACCUUCCAGUUCUUGGGAAGAAUUUGAGGUAGCUAGCUUUGUUCUUGGUCUGUAUACAUUUGGGAAGAACUUUACUCAGGUGAAGAAUUUCAUGGAGAACAAAGGAGUAGGAGAGAUAAUGUUGUUUUACUAUGGCAAGUUCUACAAUUCUGCUAAGUACCACAGUUGGUCUGAAUCCCGCAAGAAGCGGAACCGGAAAUGUGUAUAUGGAAGAAAGCUCUAUUCAGGUUGGAGGCAACAACAGUUGUUAACCCGUUUGAUGCCUUCUAUCCCUGAUGAAUCUCAGAAACAGAUGCUCGUGAAUGUCUCAAAGGCAUUUGCUCAAGGUAAUGUCACUAUCACUCUGGAGAAAUACGUAAACACAGUGAAGACUCUUGUGGGUCUCAGGCUUCUGGUAGACGCCGUGGCAAUUGGCAAAGAAAAAGAAGAUCUCACGGUUCCUACAUCAACACCAAUGAAGACCAAACCAUGGUUCACGGUUUCUUCGAAACCAUCUUCGGUCCAGGGAUUAGGGGCUUACAAUUCACUCACAUCUGCUGGUAUAAUAAAUCAGUUAACUGGCUGUUCACGUAUGAGCAAAGCCCGUUGCAAUGAUAUAUUCUGGUACGCCAUAUGGCCGCGUUUGCUAGGCAGAGGAUGGCACUCAGAGCAGCCUGAGGACCGAGGCUAUUUAAGAUCUAAGGAUUACAUUGUUUUCAUGGUCCCUGGCGUGAAAAAGUUUUCAAGACAGGAGCUUAUCAAAGGGGAUCAUUACUAUGAUUCCAUCAGUGAUAUUCUAACAAAGGUUGUUUCAGAGCCUGAGCUUAUUGACCUUGAAACAGGAGGAGAGAUCAGAGAAGCGACCGCCGAUGAAUUUUUUGUUGCAGAGAACUCUUCUGACCAAUCAGAUGAAGAGUUUUCUCGGUCUGAUAGUCAGAGACACCGUUACCUUAGGUCUCCAUGUUCUAACCGUGGAACUCUGGGAAUGAAAUUCACAGUUGUGGACACUAGUUUGGCUGCUGGAGGAGGGAAGUUGUGCGAUUUGCGAAAUCCUAAUGCAGUACUGUCUCUAGUUUCUGAGCCAAAGACUCGACCAGGAGAAAAAGAAUCUUCUGCGCCUAAAAAUUCCCUGGACAGUCAGAAUGUGGAAAAGUCUCAAGUGAGGCCUCGAGAUAUCAAUAAUCAAGUGGAUGACCAAAUGCGAUUCACGAUUAUUGAUACGAGUGUAGACUACUGCGAAAAGUUAUCUGGGUUUAGGAGAUGGAGACCUCUACCAAGUGAUGUCACAAAAAGAGGCUAUGUAGGGGAUGAUUCUGCUAUAAAGGAAGAGAAGACUUUUGAGAAGAUUAAGGAUCCAUCAAAGAGUUUGACUACACACAGGCGUACCCCUCGAGCAGAAACAAACUAUCAUUUAGUAAAUUCUGCACCAGUUAUGAAGCGCAGACGGCUCAGUGCUUGCAUUUCAAGAGAAAGUCCAGUGUUCAAACAUUUAUCAGGUGAUAACAUAAAAAGGACUGGUUGUCUUGAAUCAGACCAGCAAGAUAUAUGUGGAGUCCAACACCAAAAUAGCACUUGUGAAGAGAUGAACUGGGACAAAGAGGCAUAUGAAACCGUAUUGUCGGUUGAGCAUACGAACUUAAAGUCUGAUCAACCAAUUAAAACUGGAACUGGGCCGUCUUCUUUGCUUGUUGAGAUUCAAGAAACUUCAGAGAUUGAACCAAGUGGGUUAAAUUCUAUCUCCAAUGCAGACAAGCACUGUUCUCCAGAGAAGAUAAGAACAUCCCAAAAACUAGUUUUGUCAGAACCAGAACCACUCUGUUCAGUGUCAGAAUCAGAAAAAAAAGGUGCUUCUAUUGAUAUGGAACAAAAGCAAGCAGUUGAGCUCCCUUCCAUUUCAGGCUCAAAUGCUAACAGGUGUUCUUCCAAUGAUCCGGAAACUACUCAAGAACUGGGUUCAUCUGAACAACAACACGACCAACAGAAUAAUACAGAUGGUCCGAGAAGACAGAGCACAAGAAAACGACCAUUGACCACUCGGGCACUGGAAGCUCUUGAAUCCGGCUUUCUUACAAACAAGAGCAUAAAAAGCACGAGUAAACUGGAACCGAGAAAACGCGAAAGUUCAACAAAGAAAAAGCGUUCAGCUAAAGCCUGUAACAGAAAUGGGAGUGCAGAUUUGGAGCACAAAGGAGACGAUAGAAGCAUUUUUGUAAAGAAAGCACCAACAAGUAAGCCCUUGGAUCAAAUAGAGGAUUCAAAACCUAGCUAUCUUCUCAAUGAAGCAAGAGCUGAGGGCAAGGCUGUAGAUGGAAUACAGGAUCCAAGGCCAGUCCAAACCCAAUACCCUAAACUUCCACCAAUUGUUUUGAAGUUUCCAUUCAGGCGUGGCUAAGGAGCUUCAGGAACGUAAGUUUGAUAGUUUGAACGUUGGGGUGUGAAAAGGUUGGCCUUGCUGCAGAAAAAAUGUGUACAAAAGAGAUGUUUUAUUCCAUACCCUUUGCUAUUUUCGUUAUUUCAAUUAUUUAGCCAUAAGUAGUGUUUCUAUUA